AUCAAGUCCAUCAGAUAGCCUACAUGACAUUUGUCUACAAGACCGGGGCAGCAGCCAGACUCAUGGAUUGCACAGCAAAGAGAGUUCAACUGCUCCUCUUCAUGGCGCUGGUGGCGCACGUGGCGCGAGACGCUGAGGGCGUGGCCUCCUGCUGCACGAGCACUUCGAGAUCCUGCAAAUUUUACGAGCUGCUAUGCCGCGCGGGAAUCCGAAACGAUACUUCUAUCGCCAGGCAUUUCGGUCGCUUUAAUAACGACGCUGCUGUCGGGAUUCUGACUCUUGGCAAACGUAAAGUGGGCGAGAGACGCGUCGAAGACCGCCUGCAACAACUCCUGCACGGCUCACGGAAUCAAGCCGCGGGAAUCCUGACUAUGGGAAAGAGGUUCGAGGACGGGGGGCACCUGCCGCUCGUGCACGCGGGAGGGACCGAGAGCGCGCCCGUGAGACUCGGACUGGAGCGUCCGAUGAAAUAUCUGAUACCCACCACGGUACUAGAAGAUUUGGACGCGUAUGAAAAACGAUGA